CAACAAUUGAGUGUCAUCGUACAACACCAUUCUUAGAGUUUUUUACAACCACCAAGCUUCAAAAAGAGCAUCAUAUAAAUAAUGGAACCACCAAAACAUCGGCCACUUCGUUUUGUCUCUUGGAACACUAUGGGAAUCAGGUUCACAAAAGAAAAAAGCUCCAAACUCGAACUUGUGUUAGCUGAGCUCAUCAAACUGAAGGCUGAUAUUGUCUUUUUACAAGAGACACACAUUGGACCUCAGUCUUACAAAGCACUAGAGAACAUAAAAGGCUGGAAGUCUUUCUUCACUGUCCACCAUCCUCGCAGCAAAGGAGUUGCUAUCCUGAUAAAGAAUAAAAUAAAAUUUCGCUACAUAUGCCAUGAUGAGGAUUACAGCGGAGGCUAUAUUGUCCUUUUCUGUAAUCUCGUUGGUGAGUUGUAUACUCUUGUUAAUGUGUACAACCACAAGGAAGACAGGUGUAUGCUGAAAAGAUUGGGAGACUAUUUGAGCGCUAUUAACACAAAAGGUGUGGUUGUGGUUGGUGGGGACUUCAACACUGUACUGGACCCAACUAUUGAUAGGAAAUCAUCGUCAGAUCAAACGUACCAUUCCUCACUUAGAAUCAUUCUAGAAGAUUUCACAGAAUCUUUAAAUCUCAAAGAUAUAUUUGCAUCAAUGCAUCCAACGGAAGAAGGCUUCACACGAACUCAGCAUCAGAGUCAUUCAAGGUUGGAUAUGUUUUUCAUGCCAACCAACACAGUAAAGUAUGUCAAAAACUGUGAAAUUUACCAAGCAAAAAUGAGAAAAUCUACAAGUGGGAGCAAGAGAAUUUCUGAUCAUGAUCCUCUAGUUUUAGAAAUAAAAGUUCCAGUACUGCGGGAAAUUGCAGAGCCGGAAGUUGCCUCAAUGUUAAGGGAAUUUGGAUACAGUGGAGAACCAGACCGAAGUGCAGGGAAAAUAAAUGGUGCAGAAAUCCUAAGUGCCAUUAGAUCUUUGCCGGACUCACAAGAACAAACUCCUGAUAAUCUCAGAGUUUGUGACUACAAGAAGAAUGCCCUUCCAAUGACAGAAAUAUUAAAGAUAAACUACAACAUGAUGCUGAAGUCUAAACAUGUUCCUAAAUGUUUUGUAAAAUCAUUGCUCACUUCAGACAAAAUGCAUUCUUUCAAUGUUAACUAUUUGAUAUUGUCUCAGAUUUUAGCCAAACGCCUUAAAGUGUUUCUAACGCCAUCAUUUAGGAAAAGAAAAAAGAUACGCAGUGGUUGUAUUUGUGUGACUAUUGCACAAUGCCCCCAAAAAAUCAAGAUGUCUUUCCUCAAGCAAAGUCUCUCAUUACUUACGUCUCUUAAACAUAUUACCCCUACACCACCAAAGGACUUCAGCAUUCUGGAGAAUCUCCUCCCCAAGGCCAACCACUCCAUCAAAAACUACAGAAAACUCAGACAAGGAUGCCCUCUAACCAUACCCAUUCUCACAAUGGCAUUGAAACAACUGGAAAGUGAUAUCAUGGCCACAAACUCUGGCAACACUAGUGUCUGUUACUUCAGACAGUCUCUGCUUAUUUCUACAGACAAUGAGACAAUUGACAGGAAUAAUAAAUUGAUCAAACAAUUUAAGGAAAAUUCUGGGAUUAAAAUUGUGUCAAGCUGGAGGAGGGUCGUGAGAGAAAAGCUCAAGGCUUGUGGCGUGUGACGAAACCUGCUCGGCACACUGGCUUCCGUAGUUCCUCCGUGAGAUAAGAGGCUGGUGUGGCGCGCAGCUGACCCUCGUUAGUAAUGCUUCCCUUGCCACAAGAAUGAAGGCCUACUCCCCCAAAAAUUUGACAGUCUCAAAAAUCGGUAUUUUUUCGCCAUUAGGGGUCGCUAAACUCUUCAAAACAAUAACAAAGGUGCAAAUUGAUGAUGUUGUAAAUGGGUGUGGAAUCAUGGAAGUUGUUGUCAUGCCGACGGAUCUAAUAAUGUUAAUGGAGAAAUAAUAUUUAUGGAUGAGUGAAUACAUUGAUGUUUUUUUACUGUAACAUGAAGCAGGGCGCGAUUGCUAAUGAGAGACAGAUAUCAGCAUCACACCUGAGUCCCAGGGAAUAUAAAGAAAUUAGGACAUUUCAUUUGACUGACCGAAGUACUCGCAAGUGCUGAAUUACUACUCACAAAGGUCAGCUUAUUUGACGAAUUUGUGAGGUAACGUAGCGCUGUUUCACUUGGUCUACACUAGUAAAC